UAGUUUCUUCCUUUCGGUGUGUGCGGAAGCGUGUGUGUGGACCGUGCCGAUUCUGUCGAACCGUCGUGUGAAUCGUUCGCGUUUGUCGUGCGGUCGUAGUACGUACCGCGGUGUGAAACUUCUGGUGUGUUUCCCGGGAAUAGUGUUGUUAAUCACCGAUUGGUGGUGUUUUUAAGAAGGAAGUGAAUUUACGUGUAGUUUGUGCUUGUGUUCAGCAAAACAAAAUGAAGAAAUUUAGUAUAAAAGUGAAAAGGUAUCUCAAAAGUGUGUAAACAGUGUUUAAUAAUUAUCGAAACACCGGUGAGCUUGAAAUCCUUUAAAAAGAAAACGUGAAAUACUCAAAACGAGCGAAGAAAAUAUCGAAAAGGGUGUAGCACGUGCAAGUACUGAAUAAGAGGAAAAGUCCAGUGCAUGAAAGCAAACAAGCAAACACCUAUGUGAAGCAAAGUUCGAACAUAUAGAAAAGCCCUGUACGACCUCAGCAGUGAUGCCGAACGGAUGCUCUUAAAAAUCACAGUUCCUGUUAAAUCUUCCUGGACGGUGGUGUCGGCGCACAAAAGCAAAGUUUCCAAGAAAAACGAACGAAUGGGGGAACAAAGUUGUGUAAAUAGAAGGAAAUAAUUGGUAAACAAAUUCGUUUACCCAUCGUCUGUCGUUUUCUCCCUUGGCAUUCGCAGCUUAAGAGAUCCAUUCCCGACAGCAAAAAAUCACACAAGGAAACCUAAACAACAAAGCCCUCAAAAGGUCCAAUUAGGGGUUGUGGCGAGACCACAGGUUCGAGGUUUGGCGUUCUCCUCGGGGCUGUUGGUAGAGGAUGCCUAGCCCAAGAGGUGUCGAAUUCAUCGCACACACACAGCAGCAGCAACAAUGUUCUGCGGGUCUUCGUUUGAUGUGAGUGUGGAUGCUGGAAGAUGAACGCGGAAGGAUACGACCGACGGCUCUAUUUCCAAACGCAUCAGGACCUCUCGUACGGUUGUUUGUUCGGAAAAGCAUAAAAAUAUGAUAAUGAUGAGUUAGGCAUCGCUAACGAUACGGCGAACCGCUUACGAAAACACGUCGUGGCGGGUGUUGAACCAAGAAGAAAAGUGUGGAAGGAUACAAUGAAAAAUAUUUAACACAACAUUUGUGUACGCCAGGUGAAGCACGGCGUGUUCGGUGACGUGUUUUAUGUUGUGCAAAGGUGUUAAGUAUGUGUAAUAUUGCGUGGUGAAGAAAAUAGUGUGAAAAAAGGGGUUCUUAGUUGCGCAGCUUCCUAACGCAAGAGGAAGUCAUUUUGAAAGUGGUGGGAAAGGAACGGUUUGAAAUUGGUGAGAUGAGAAAAUAUUCAAACGACAGGUGAAUGUGCGUGUGUCAGUGUAUUAGUGAAAAUUGGUUAUUGUGUGUGUCUGUAGAGCAGUGUAGUUGAUGUGCAUAAAUGUGCUUAAAAUAAGAAAUAGUGUCAAAAGUUGGCUCUAGUGUGUUUGCCUGCUGAGUGGAAUCAGAGAAUUCCACCGAUCAAACAUGGAUUAUGUGGUGCUAGUAACGACGCUUUUAGCAUUGCUAAUAAGCCCAACGAUACAAGGCCAGUAUCGUCCCCCUCGAAUCAUCGAACAUCCCAACAACCAGAUCGUACCGAAAAAUGAUCCCGUAACGCUAAACUGUAAAGCGGACGGGAAGCCGGAACCGACCAUCCACUGGUACAAGGAUGGUGAACCGAUGAAGCUUACACCGAACAACAUCCUACUCCCGGCGGGCUCGCUGUUCUUCCUGCGAACGUUGCACAGCAAGAAGGAGAACGAUUCCGGGGUGUAUCGGUGCGUCGCUACGAACAUUGCCGGAACUGCCGAGAGUCGCAACGCUACGCUACAGAUUGCAUUGCUUUCGAAUCAGUUUCGAGUCGAACCGAAGGAUACGCGGGUGGCCGCUGGAGAAACGGCCCUGCUCGAGUGCGGUGCACCGAAGGGUUCACCCGAACCGAUGAUCCGAUGGAUGAAGGAUGACAGCUGGAUGGACGACCAUCCUCGGUCGGCGAAAGAGGCUGGCCGCAUCCGUAUCGUGGAUGGUGGAAAUCUUCUCAUCAGUGACGUGCGACAGGCCGACGGUGGACGCUACAAAUGUGUAGCGCUUAAUGUGGCUGGUUCGCGCGAAAGUUCCAUCGCUCGGCUCACGGUACAAGUGAAACCAUACUUUAGGCUGGAACCAAUGGAUACGACCGCACUCGUUGGGCAACGCGUACAGUUUCUUUGUGCGGUGGAGGGCGACCCACAACCUCAAAUCUUGUGGAGCAAAGAAAAUGGUCACAUUCCCGUCGGUAGAGCAGAAAUACUGGAGGAAGACCGUAGCCUGGUUAUCCGAAGCGUGGUACCCACCGACCAAGGGCUGUACAUCUGCGAGGCUCAUAACACGAUCGGACAGAUCAGUGCCAAGGCGCAGCUCAUCGUCAACUCUCCACCAACAUUCCUGAUUAAACCUCAGGAUCAGAAGACGGCCCUGAACGGGGUGGCAUCGUUCAAGUGUACCGCCUCCGGCAAUCCCCAACCAUCCGUGUUCUGGACGAAGGAAGGCUCCCAGACGCUCAUGUUCCCCAACAAUACGUACGACAAUAUGCAGGUCUCGGUACAGGGCACCCUGCAGAUCCGCGGCGUACAGAAGGAUGACGAUGGCUACUACAUCUGUUCGGCGCUAAGUGUCGCCGGUUCCACCACCAGCCGAGCGUACUUACAGGUUCUAACAUCGCAGGACAGCAAUCCACCCCCGAUACUGCAGAUCGUACCGGCUAAUCAAACGCUGCCCCGAGGCACCGUUGCCACGCUGCCAUGCCGUGCCAGCGGUAAUCCGACGCCCAUGAUACGCUGGAUGAAAAAUGCGACCGAUAUCAACCUUUCCGGCGGUAACGGGCACUUUUCAAUCAUCCAGGCUGGCACGCUAAGAAUUGAUGAUUUGCGGAACGAGGACAGCGGCUGGUAUCGAUGUGUGGCGUAUUCUGAGAAAGGUGAAACCUCGUGGAGCGCAUAUUUAACGGUUGAAAGUAACCUUUCCUCAAUGCAGCAUCGGUCACACAAUGCCGAUCUGCUUCCAUCGGCACCGGGAAUACCGAAAGCGGUGAACAUAACUAACAGCAAUAUCACACUGACCUGGACCCGAGGUCAGGAUGAGUUGCAAAUGAACUCCGUCACUGGCGGUUAUACGAUCGAGUACUACAGUCCGGAGGAAAAGGCGGGCUGGAUCAAAGCGAUGAGCCGUAUACCGGGUUAUACUGCUACGAUAACAAAUCUGUCACCUUCCACUUCAUACAUGUUCAUUAUCCGAGCUGAGAACGCCUAUGGCUAUUCGGCACCAUCUCCAACAUCGGACAUUAUUCGUACGCUUUCGGCGAACGAUGGAGUCACCAUGCCGGAAGAAAUAAAAACGGCACGCCUGGUGCUUAGUGGGCAGAUCUUGGAGUUGGUUGACGCAGUAGCAAUCAACUCGACGACCAUUCGGCUGGAAUGGCAACUUCACAUCAGCAACACGGAAGAAUACGUCGAAGGGUUAUACGUACGCUACCGCAACCUUUCGGCAAUCGAUACGCAAAGUUACAGCAUGCUCACCAUACCGAUGAAUCCCUCCGAGACGUACGUCAUAACGGGGCUGGAAAAGUUCACCCGUUACGAGUUUUUCCUCACGCCCUACUUCAAAACGGUCGAAGGACAACCGACCAGCUCGAAGGUGGUCCAAACGCUGGAGGAUUUCCCCACGGGCGCUCCACUGAAUGUGCAGACCGGGAUGGUAAACUUAACUGCCGGACUGGUAAAUUGGUUGCCACCGCCGGAAAACACGCUAAACGGUGUGCUGCUCGGCUACAAGGUGCAGCUGCGGGCGAGCAACUCGUCGAAAGUUUUGGCCCAGAUCACCCUCAACGGACCGACGACGUUCGUCGUGCUGCACCGACUUACGACCGGUAUGACGUACACGGUUCGGGUCGUUGCGUACAAUCGUGUCGGAGCGGGUCCCUUCUCGAAGCCGGCCUAUCUUAUAAUGGACCCGGCACACGUUAUAGCACCUCCAAAGGCGCACAACUCAUUGAGUGACAUGGAGGGUUACAGGCAGCAGGGACUGCUCCAUGAAACCUGGUUCAUGGUGCUGAUGAUCGUAAUUUUACUGUCAGUUUUAACGGGCGGAUGCGUCGCGGGCGUACUGUUUUUCCGCAACCGGGCGAAGGUGAGCAAAGAAAUGCUGAGCGCUUCGAUCACUGGCAAUACGAGCAUGGAUCCUAGCCGAAGACCGAUGAUGGUUUCCCGGCGAGACGGACUAUGGAUUGAUCGUGGUCGGCGAUCGAUCGACACGGACAAGGAUUCGGGGCUGAGCGAAGCUAAGUUGCUGGAAAGUUCGCAAAACACUGCCAACUAUGCGGACGUUAGUACGGAUUACGCUGAGGUGGAUCCAAGAAGUAUAACUUCGUUUUAUAACAGUCGCAAGUCCCCCGAUAAUCCUUCGCCGUACGCAACGACUGUGUUAGUGAAUGGAGGUUCGAAUGAAAAUGGAAAAAUAUGCUAUCAAGGACUAGAUGGGUAUAUCUCAGGCGCGUCAACCAAUCGAUCAGAUCCAGCAACAUAUCUGGCAGGACAUCCGAAAGCCUUCACUCCGGUGCCAUAUAAUCAAGCUCCUGCCAACUGGAUUGAUUUCCUUCCUCCUCCACCGGAGCAUCCGCCCCCGAUACCACAAGCUUUAGACCACCAUAUACAUCUAAAUCAUGUGUAUCCCUCGGAACUGAUCGGUGGUGGCGUUGGUGGUGGCCUUCCACCAACGACCACCGCCAUCGGUUCUCAGGGAUCAUCCGUACGUUGUGGAUCGGCGCAAUCCGGUAGCUAUAAUGGUGGAAGUGCUCAACAUUCAUAUCAAUAUGUAGAUCCAUCCCUGCUAGGACGAGGAUCAUCUAGGAGCAGCUCGAACGAAUGUACCAUGCGCAACGUUCCGCCGCUUCCGCUGCCGGCCCAGCAGCAGCAAACGCACUUCCUGCCGUACAUGAACGGUACGCCCGGGUCGGCGGAGCAAUCGCCCUACUUCAACGACGAGGUGUACAACAGUCCUGUGAAGAACGGUGACGUCAACUAUCAUCCGUAUCGGAUGCCCAACUCCUCGUCGGCAUCUUCCAUAUCAUGCUGCCAGUCAAAUCAUUCCCGAAGCAGCCAUUCGGCUGGGUCGAAAAAUCACGACUACGUAGACCAACAGCAGCAGCAGCAACAUCAUCAUAUGCAGCAACAACAACACCUUCACAGCAAUAUGAUGCUUCAAGGACCGCAUCAUAUGAACAAACUUAACGGAAUAGGUAGCUACGAUGGACUUACCCCAUCGAAGGUGGUGUCCUUCAACGACCAGUAUCAGAUGUUAGAUGAAGGCAGCACCAACGGUGAGGUGGGUGGCAGAACUGAGCACGAAAAUUGCACCUACUUCACCAACUAUUCCGACGCAUCCGGGGCGAGCAGUAGUAGCGGUAGCGGUGGCUUCCGAAUGCAUCCGAAGUUUGUGAAAACCGUGCACGUAAAUAUUGAAAAUGCCAUCAACGGUAACUAUCACCAUCACCACCAACAACAACAACAGCAGCACUUGCAUCGAGAUCAAACGACGACUGGCGUUAUGCAGCAGCCGCAAUCUCCCAUCAUCACCAAUGGCCAUCACAAUCACAGCCACCAACAGCAUCCGUACGCGUACAAUCAGCAGCAUCAGCAGGAACCGAUCAGCGAACACGAAGAGACUGAAACCGACAAAAUGCUGACCGGCGGCAGUAGCUUCAGCGAAAACGAUGACCAUACGGUCAGCAACGGUGGCUCGGGACCGGAUUCCGACGCUCACGACGAGGUGACCAAGAAGCUUUGCAACGGGCGUGACGAUGGCGUCGUGUCCAUCUGUCCGGUGUACGAAGAACCGGCGGUGCAUCAGUCCUCAUAAGCAGUCAGAUAUACCCGGUGGUACCAGUCGUACGUAAGUAGACAUGCGCUUAAAUCUGUAGAUUUGUUACGCACACAACACUAUACACUUCGAAACAGCGGGCUUGGAUAAUUGGGUCCUCUUAAUACACAAAACAAACAGAGCCAGCAAAACCCAUGAUUUCUUUACCGAAAGGAUCGAACCGGAAAGAGAUGUCUGCCGCCUAUAUAUAAUGAACUGGCAGAGCUAGGAAGCGGCACACGAACAGUGGGAUAGAGAAAUGCAAACAAUGGUCAUUAGUCAAUGUAUCACCCAUAGGGUCACACGAUUUUGAACCGUUUGAUACCAAAACUUAGGCAGUCCCUAGGAAAGUAAUAAUUUAUUUAAGCGACGUUUGAUAAUGCUGGCCCGCUCCCCGCUAUUGAGUUGUUCGUCGUGUGGCAACGCGGGUUGGAAAUUAAUUUUCUUCUUCAAGAUCUUCUAUCCGCGCUCGUUCUAUAGUAACAAAUCUUUGAUUUCUCGGUCUCUUUUUUGAAACAAGUGUGAUGAUUCAGUUUAAUUAUUUUCCUUUUAUGUGUCCGUUGUCAUCUUUUAGUUAAUCGCCGUACGUCAAUUCAUCUUACUUAAAAUUGAACCUUUUGCUAAAUCCAUAAAGAGGAGCAGCCGAUUCUAACGUGUGGACAUGAUUAAUUUCACCUUCUUCCUGCUGUCUGUCUAGUGAUGGUGGUGACGUACCCGAACAUGUGGUGUGUACGGUUCGUCUGGAGUAGAGCAAAACUUAAUAUGACAACAGACUUCCGUUGCGUGCUGGUACCCUGUCGUCGUCCAAGUGGGCGAAAGUGUUAUGCCCGGGUCGAUGACAAGCGCACCACGACCGCUUCUAGGCUGCGCUUCAUAAUUUAUAUUUAGCGAGCGAGAGCGAGAGCUACUUGCUUUCGCGGACGUGAACGACAUAUACCAUAUCUUACGGAGGGUGCUGCAGUGAGAGCUGCACUUAGCUUAACCAGUGCAUCCGCCCGAAACACGGAGAGCACACACCGUUGUGGGGAUCAUGUCAAAAAUGUUUAAUAUCGCCCAUCCAGGCAACUGUUGGUCGAGCGAAUGGGUAAUAGGAGGAGGGAGGCACAAGCAAUAGAAGCGUUUGGUGUCUGAAAUAUUGUUCAAUAAUGAAGACGAGCGUGCGUGCGUGUGUCUGGCUGGCUCCGAUGGUCGGUUUAUGUCUGCUGCACUUCAUCUGGUCGUGCUAAGUCAUGACACGACGGUAUACGGCAGUGUGGAAUUUGGAAUGCAGCGCAAAAUUCCAUCGAACAUGAUUCGCCAAUUUGUCUGGCGUGUGUAAAUUUUGCGCGUUUCUGGAGACUCUCAGGAUGUUUGUCUCGGUUGGAAUUAGAUGGUGUUUGAUGGGCAGGAAUUAGUGGUAUGGAUCAUUAUAUACUCUACUGUGGAUGUCUGCGGAACGUCAGAAAUUGUGUUGUCUGGUGAACAUGUUCCUUGUCUAUUUAGAAUUUUUGAACUUGUGUUUGGUGUAUCAUGAAGUUAAUUUUACGGUAAAAAUCUUUUCUUAUUUUUUGGAAAACCAUCAUGAAUUGGGAAUAAACCUCAAAAUACAACAAGAAAAACCACACGUUCUUUUUGGGGUACAUUGGAACAAUACCUCAUUUCCCAGCCUGUUCUUUCAACCCUCCAUUUGCUAUAUGUUUCGACCGCCAUUGUUUCAUAGUGCCUAGAAAGCGUUACUGUUUCGCUACCGGCGUUUAUUGAUGGUUGGUUAUUCAUCAUCCUGUCGGAACGAAAUUUGUGCCGACGUCGGAAAGAACCGAAAGCUUACUUUAAUUUCCGUCAGGAUUUUCUUGAUACUAACACAGUGGUAUAUACCGCCCGGAAAAUGGCCGCCUUUUUAUUGUGCGAGUAGGUACCGGCGUUGAAGAGAUGUUUAUUGUUAUUGGUAUCAUAAAAAUGGUCUUAAUGUUCAUCAUAAUUGUCGCCAUUAGCGUUUGCCUCAUUUGGUAGGAACACAUUUGGGCAGGAAUAGGAAGAAAUGACACAAAAGGAAAUUCUUCAUGUGUAUGAAGUUUUUUGUUGAAGAAAUCUUGUCCAGAGAUACAUCACAAGCGAGUUUAGUGUUGUUCGAAAUAAUUUCAUAUCUUUUUCACACUUCUUUUACUUUUUUUCUGUUUUAAGUUUUCAUUCUGUUUCCACAUAAUUAUUAUCACCUUUUAUAGCGAGUAAUUAAAAAUUUCGCUGAAGAAGAAAAUUAGUUUUCAAUGAAGUUGACGACUCAGCUAACCCUUUUUUGUUAGCAGCAUGGUUGUGCUGCUGUUCGAUCGUGUCACGUAACGGAGCAAUAUCAAUUAAUCAUAAUCAAAAUUUAAUUAAUUCGCAACGAACAGGUAGCAGUGAAACGUUCAUUUACUACUGAUCACGACCUGCAGCAGCCUCAGUACAGACAGCACGCAAAAUAGUGAAACAAUAUCGAAAAAAGUAUAGCGAAUGAGCGUAGGGAAAGGCAUAGGGGGGGUGAGCUCAGUGAUUUUAAUCAACUAUGGGACACUAACGUUCAGGUUGAUGGUUAAAAUUGUUGCCCGGUAACAAUGAGAGCAAUACGGAAGUGAGUGAGUGGAGUGUUCGAUCCUCUAUUAAAUCUACCUUUAUUGGACGGUGAGCAAUCAGAAAUUAUGAUGUGUGCGUGUGUGUUGUAUUUGUACCUGUGAUAUUAUUUAAUGUGAUAAGCAAAUACUCUGAUUCGGUAGCAAGUUUCAUGAGGGGUUUAUCGUUCAGUUUUGUCACAAUCAGUAGACGAGGCGCUGUACUCUCAUUUGGCGUUUGGCCUCCUCUUGCUCUGACCGGAAGGAUAAUCAUCAACGUUCUUUCUUUCGUUAUUAACAACUGCUAACUGUGUAAAGUACUCUCUAAGUAUGUGUACCUAUCCUAAGAGAUGGUACCGACAACUUUGCUAGCCUUUAAGACGGAACAAACUGUACAGGACGAACACUAUACUAUAAGCUUCAAUUGACAUUAGAAAUUGAAUAUACCGCCAUAACACACACAAUAAUCACGAACCUGCUCGGCAGAGUAGUAAACUAUAGCAAUAUUUUUCGCUCAUGAGUAGAAGUGCGGGCCGGAAAGGAAUUUACAUUCGGAAAGGGUCGUUAAUAGACGAGAUGGAGUAGAAAGGCUAAGUAUUGUGAGCGUGGUGUGACUUAGUGUGUUAUUUGGAAUGAGAUUCAUUACCCCGCAUCAGGUAUAUCAGGCGCACAAGUCAAGAAAACGUGAUGGAACAUCUGAGUUCUCUUCUUGAAUAAUAGAAUUCCUACAUCAUUAUUCAAAGUAAAUCAUGGCAUGACCGUUGCCAACUCCGAAGAAAAGUCUUAAGAAUCUUACAGACUUACACCCACACACACCUAUAAACUCUCUAUAGCUAGCUAUAUAAGACACGACGGCGAUCGUAACACGCUUCGAAGCAAUCUUACUACUAGUAACCAACAUUAAAUAAUCCUGACCAAUUGAACGAUGCAUCCCCGGUUCCCACCUAUUCUCCCCCUAUCCUUGCAUCAGAAAGCUUCAUGUAGAAAAGUAAAUGAUGUGUCGCUUGAGAAUAUACUGUAGAGGAUGCGUAACACAAAAUCAUUACAUGCAUAUAAGCAACAAACAAAAAAUAGUAAACCAACCAAUACAAAAAGAAAGUAACAGACCCAGAGCUAACAUUUUUGAAGAAAAAAAAACAAACGAAAUCCACACGAAAAGUAGCUUUUAAGCGAAACAAUGAAACAGGAAUACAAACGGCAGGACACGUAUUACUUUACGGCAUGGGGGGGUUUUCUACCGUUUUUGCUACAUAUUUUGGCCCGCAUUUAGAGCGACAAAACCGUGACAGGGAGAGAGUGGUGUGGAGCGAAAGGUUAGGAGUAGGUUACUUAUUGGGGAAAGGAAGAAGUAGUGUGACUUUUCGAGCCCCAAAUAUACCUGUUUCGAAUGUUCGAAAUCUAGUGGGUUUGGAUGAUUCAAAAUCGCAAAAAGGUUGAAAAAGAAAACAAAAUGGAGAGGACAAAUGUUCCAAGGAUUUGCUGGUUAUUGGUGUGGCAUUAGUGGGAGGUGUGCCGAUUGGUUAAAGAGGAAAAUCGUGAGAUCAUGGCAAGUGUAGAGAAAUGCAAGAGAUGUAAAUAAACUAUUAAAAUGAUA